UUUCAUAUAUACUAUAWAUAGCUAUUUCAAAAAAGAUUGUCGAAUAAAAUGGCGAAUAUGGCAAUGGUCGAACCGCGAUUACACAACUGAAAGUAGCCAUGGGCUGCUAGUUGAAAGGAAAUAACAACUGAUUUAUAGUGUAAAAAAGCCUUUGGUGAACAUUGGCUCCAUUUAGUCUUCAUUUCUAAGUAAGGAUCACACAUCAAUGGCCCAAUAAUGUAUAGUUUAGGUGUUAAAGUCAGCCUAACUAUGAUCUACGUUAUCACAUUCUUUGUGGGUUUUAUCGGGAAUUCAAUUGGUAUGUAUGUCGUAUGUCGACGUACCUGUAUUACMAACGUUACAAACAUCUUCAUCGCUAAUAUGUCGCUAGCAGAUCUUAUCAUCACCAUCCUAGCCGUCCCUACUAGUGUUGUACAGCUAUACGUCCAGCAUCAAUGGAUUGGUGGCUUUUUUGGCACCUUCACCUGUAAAGUCACAUUCUUCUCUCUCUACAUGUCUUUAGCUGCGUCAGUCUUCACYAUUGUGUUAAUCUCAGUAGAGAGAUAUGCAGCCAUUUUCUACCCUCUUCGAGGUGACGAUGUCAAGAAACCUAAAAUCAUAACGGGUAUGAUAUGGUUGUUGUCCUUCGCCUUCGCCUCACCAAUGCUUAUCGUGCCCAAUGUGAACCAAAACCCGACCACAGGAGACUACAAUUGCAUCAUGCUGUUGCCUGGCGACCCGACUAAAACAUUCCAUGUGCUUAAGAUUUACUUCACUCUCUGUUUUGUCGUGAUGUACAUUGCGCCUCUUCUGUUCCUUGGAGUUGUUUACUCGAGAGUUUCGUACAAACUUUGCAUGCGGGCAUCACCUAACAGCACACCUGACAACCACAGCAAACGGGUUCGUAGCUCAAGACGCAAAGUUGUUAAGAUGUUGGUUGGAAUUGUCGUGGUUUUCAGCUUCUGUUGGUUACCUGCACAUAUUAUGCACUAUCUAAUCAUUUACCAAAGUAACGUUCUUGUUAAAGUACCUCCUAUCAUUAUAUUAUUGUCGUUUUGGUUGUGUCAAGCCAACAGCAGCAUUAAUCCUUGUUUAUAUAUUAUGCUGAACGAUAGAUUUCGACAUGACUUCGGUAGAGCCAUUUCCCACAUUAUUCGAAAAGUCAAAAGCGGUUUCUCUUUCUCUUUUGAAUCAUCGCCUUCAUGUUUCCGUCGACGAAAUUACAGGUCGAAUUCUUCGUCGAGUAAUUCAUAUCAGCGAAGGUUGUCGUUGAUGCUUCUUCUUCAAGCAGUUCGAGGAACGUUUAAUUCGCCGUCAGGGCGACCAACAGGAGAUACAAAGGUAACAAGAAAUAGCCUUUCUGCUCUCAAUCAUGGACGACCUUUUGCCGAGACAAGGUUUUAGCCUGUAAGUGAAUUAUGUCGGUGGCUUUAGGACGACUGCUGGCCGGAGCGUCGCUAUUAGCCUGAACAUUAUCACCUAAGUCAUCAGCAUCAUCAUGUCAAAGAUGACAGAAACUGUGAUAAAAAAUCAUGAUAAGUUAGUCUUACAAAUUAACUCUAAGUUUGUUAGGUGAGCAUGUCUCUAGGAAAUAAUCUUGGUUUAAUWUGGACUAACUUCGCACUUAUGACGUGUAUAAAGAGGUCACGUGAGCUCACCUUCAUAAAACGAAAAAUGAGUAGUUUCAUGAGUGACAAGUCUCACUCUUACACGACCCAUUUAGAUCAACUGAAUAAUACGUAGCUGUAGUGGAUUCAAAUGUCAGCUGUUAUUGAAAAGGUAUCUCAACAUGUCCAAAAUAAAAUUAAUGAAAAUCCGAAGUCAAUUUAUGAGUUAGAAACAAACUAGAACUCCAGAAUGACUUCCAGUGCAAGAUAGAUUGAGCAUCAAUGAUCGUUACUAUCAGUGGAAACCGUAUGCAUUCAAUACCUAUGCACACGAAGCCAGUGUUUUUCAUAAGUUUUCSCUGCGAGUCAGAGAUCGAUUCCAMUGAUUCAAACGUGAUGCUUUGCAUUGGCAGGAAACAUUAAAGGAUUGUUCCCUUUCCUCAGACCUUAAUGCUAUCAAAACAUUCUCCAUAAAACGUCAAAUCACUCCAAAUGUUCAUCAUGAUACGUUUCUUAGUUUAGCCAUUAAAGUGGAGAAGACAGUUAUGCAUCCUUUCUCAGCCGAUCUCAGCCRUGAACAGGAAGAGAGUUAUUGAGAAUUUUUAACAUUGCUCUUCGCACAUUCACUUGUACAGCGUUUCCAAAAUUGCAAAAAUCUAUACAUAAAUUUCCGGUGCAUUGUAUGUAAUUUUCGCYGAAAAAGUAGACUAAAACCMUAUUUGAAGUAGAAGUCGUAUUGUCUCCUCUCGCAGCCGUUGUGAGGCUCGUUCAUAAUUAUAGGUAUUCAUGAGAAGAAUAACGAAAAGGCAUCGGAGAAAAAUCGGUCAUCCCGAAUUAUACCAACGGAUACAUACUUGUAAGACAUUAAUAUAGUGAAUUGAGACUUAGUGUUCCGAUCCAUCAGUCACAAUGCAGGUGUUUACAUGUAAUUUYAUUCACGAUCAAUURAAAGYGGACGGGAUUGAAACUGCGGUUUUCCUUCAAAAGUUGUGAAAAUCCAAUGGUAAAUUGAGAACUGCAUUUCCCGUCAAAUGCUAACGGUCACUCCAUAAUAGUAGCAUUUCGAGAAAUCACACGUUAAUUUUAAUACUUUAAAAAGAAUAUUCAUCUGAGUUUCAUGUCUAUUAAAGGAUCAUGGAGUCAUGAAAACAUUCUAGCUCAAAAAUACUGGUGGUUGAUUGUUUAUGCUUGACUCCCGUGUGCUUUCUUAUUGUAUGUGUGUGUUUUUGAGUGUCCUUACACUACGUAUGCUUUCUUGGUGCAUGACUGUAUGUCAAUCAUUGGUCAAUAUCAACCAAUAACCAUGCGGCUACGCUUUUUGUGACGAAGGCCUUCUGGGAAGGCUUCGUCACUAUGUCAUCGGGUCUGAGUGAAAGAAAGAGUUGUAACCAU